AUGGCAGACCAGGCAAUUCAAGCUUGCUCGGAGAUAGAGCCCGACAGAUUUAGUACUCUUCCUGAUGAACUUAUUCACCACAUUCUUUCGUUCCUUAAUAUAGAUGACAUUCUCAGAGCGACCUGCUUGUCGAAAAGAUGGAGAGAUCUAUGCCUUUUGAACUCAUCCAUAACUAUUGAUUCAUCGUUGAUAAGGCAAUCUGGUAUCGACCCCUCUGAUAUAACAAAAUCUCUGUACUUGUUCUUGUUUCGCCGAGGUUAUGUAAAGAUUACAAGUCUUUGUAUGGUUUGGAGUUCUUUCUACCUCAGCUAUCGAGCUGUGAUAUAUUUGCUCUACUCAUUCGCAUGUGAAGUUGAAGAAAUCAAGCUUAGAUUAAUGGAAAACACUGAUAUUUAUUCCUUGCCAAGGGAACUCUAUAGAUGUCAAUCUUUGCGGUCUUUGAGUUUGGAUCUUGGGUAUGGAUCGGUUAAAUUCCCUUCUACGUUCACAUUCACUAAUCUUGAGCACUUGCAUCUGAAAGACAUGAAAAUCCACGAUGGUUUUGGAGAAUGGAUUUCGACCUGUCGCACUAUCAAGAAACUAUAUCUUGAAGAAACUUAUGGGAUGGAGAACAUCAACAUCGAGAGUUCGUCCUUGGAACUUUUCGAACUCAUAAAUGAUUCUAACUCUAGACUCGUCAAUAUCAGUGUUUCAGGUGACAGAAUUGAGUCAUUAUCUGUGCAGUGGAAUUUCAACUCUUCUACAGGCAAAUUGUUGAGAUUUCGCACUCCCAAUCUUAAGUACUUCAGAUGGAGUGGAAAUUUUGUAUCUCAAAUUACAAUGCAAAAUUUGUUGCAUUUAGAAUCUGCAGUGUUGUCUCUUAUUCCUGCUAAGGAAUACACCUCUCCUAUUUCGUGCAACCUACUUGGCAGUGUGGAAAGUACUAAAACUCUACACAUUGAUGGCGAAACUAUAAUGGAUCUAUAUGAGCAUGGUUGCUUGACAAGGCCAUCCUAUGAUGUACAAAACUUAUUCAUACAUGUCAAUGAAGAUGAGGAUUUAAAUGUAACAUUCUUUCCUCCAGCAAUUGUAUCUCUUCUUACUGGAGUGCAUAACUUGAAAACUUUAUGCAUCCAAGGGGAAAACUCUGACAAUAAGAGAAGUUUACUACCUUUUGAAGGAUGCGGGCUUGAUACGAGGUAUUGGGAAAGCCAAAACUUGCCAUGUUUUGAUGAAUUGGAGAAAGUAAAGUUGGCCGUUUUCAAUGGAGGAAACGAAUUGGAGCUUGGAAAAUAUUUGCUAAAGCAUGCUAAAUAUCUCAAGGAGAUGAUCAUCUUUCACUUUGCUUCUUUACCAUCUCAUGUUAACGAGAGGUUAAACCAAUUCAAAUUGGCCUCUGAUCAGAUGGCAUCUAUAGUUGUUUUCAAGACAAAAUAA